CAAUGGCCGGAUAUGACGCCUGAGGAGAGACGUCUUUUGACGCGUCUCAAGUAGGUAUAUAAGGCCUACACUCCCCAUUCCCUGGAUUCGUUGCUUUCUCUCUCCAUCUCUCAUCCAAACCUCCAUCUUCAUCCCCAUCCACGCCAUGCACUACCUGUACAAAGCCCUCAUAGCCUCUACAUCCCUCCUCGCCACUCCAUUCAUCAUCCUACUCUCCAUCCAAUGGUCAAGAACCCGUCUCGCACCCCCCAACAUUCCCUGGGCGGGGUUGAAUAACAAACGCCUCUUCCCCAAACUGCGCGCCAAUCUGCGCGAAAUCACCGCCAAACGCGACCCCCUGCUCGAAGGCUACGAGAAAUACAGCAAGCACGGCCAACCCUUCAUCCUCCCCUCGCUCAACUGGCCCGACGUCGUGCUCCCCCCGUCUCACAUCCCGUGGUUAAUCAGCUUCCCAGACAACGUCCUCAGCACCUCCAGCGUUUUCGAAGAUGUGCUUGCGACGAAGUAUCUAGGCCAUGGACCCGAUUUGGCAGCCAUAGUGGACUUCAGCGUCAUUCGACGCGAUCUGACUCGGCAUCUCAAUGCUACUCUGCCCGAUAUACUGGACGAAGUGCGCGCGUCAUUUGACGAGAGUAUCGAGCCCCUUCUCUCGUCUGAUGAAGACUGGGCCGAUGUCAAAAUCGUCGAGAUCAUCCUCAACACCGCCCGACGUCUGAGUAACCGCGCGUUUGUCGGGGAGUCGCUCUGUCGAAAUAAGCGGUUCAUGUCUGCACUCAAGAGCUGGGAGUUUGCUAUUGGCAUCUGCUCGGCCGUCAUCCGCUACCUCGUUCCGCAGUGCCUGCAACCCAUGCUCGGUCCGGUCAUUGCUCUGCCCGUGCGAUUCCAGGAUUGGAAAUUGAAGCGGCUUGUCCUUCCUGUCCUAUAUGAGCGACUCGCUGCACAGAGUGGAUCAGAUGAGAAGGAUGUGAAACCCCCGCCAAACGACGUGCUACAAUGGCUUCUCGAUGCGAAGCUCGCAGGCCGCGACGCAGCAGCGAGGAUGACUCUGAGCGAGAUCGCGCACAAGACCGUCUUCCUCAACUUCUUCGCCGUCCACACAACCGCCCUCAACACCUCGUCAACCCUCCACAACAUCCUAACCUCCACCCAACCCCCAACCCCCUCCCUCAUCCAAACCCUCCUCACCGAAACCGCCCCCCUCCUCCCCACCCUCUCCCAAAACCCCACAACCCUCCGCUCUCAAACCCCCGCCCUCGACUCCGUAAUCCGCGAAUCCCUCCGCUUCAAGCCCAUGAACGGCCGCGGCCUAGGGCGCGAAGUCGUGGCUCCCACGGGCCUCACGACGCCCGAUGGAUUGUAUUUGCCGUGUGGUACGCAUGUUUGUGUGGUGUUUGGGCCGAGGCAGUUGGAUGAGGGGGUUUGGGAAAGGGGAGGGAAGUUUGCUCCUUUGCGGUUUUAUCGGGAGGGGGGCGAUGAGGGGGGUACGACGGAGGAAAAAGAGGACGUGGGGAAAGCGGCGGUGCAUAUUACUGAAGACUUCAUGUCGUUUGGAUUGGGGAGACAUGCGUGUCCCGGCCGCUUCUUCGCUGUGCAAGCGAUGAAGAUCAUACUCGCUACUCUCAUCACUCGCUACGAGUUCCAGCCGUUGGAGGAACCGAUGCCUCUCCUUGAAAUGGGCGAGGUGUCGACUCCGUCGGAGAAAGCGACGGUCAAGAUGCGGCGGAGGCGAGAAGAAGUACUGGGAUAGCAGAGAAAGCGGUCACCGUCUUCUAACGAUCUCGCUCGGACGGAAAAUUGAAAUAGGAAACAAUGAAAGGAAGAAGGAAGAACUCUCAACUUCACUCAUCACGAAUGUUCAUUGCAAAACUCUCAACUCACUCCAUAGCCUCUAAUACCCAUCCUCCCCUC